AUGAAAGUGUUCGAGUUGAUAGGAGGGAUGGUCAUCCUCACCUCUGUGUUUUCGGCCUGUGCCGCACAAAGUCCAAUGACUGUGCUGUGCUCCCUAGACUGGUUCAUGGUCACCGUGCACCCCUUCAUGUUGAAUAACGAUGUAUAUGUGCACUUCCAUGAGUUACACUUGGGCCUGGGCUGCCCUGCCAACCACGUUCAGCCACACGCCUACCAGUUCACCUACCGCGUUACGGACUGUGGCAUCCGGGCCAAGGCUGUCUCUCUGGACAUGGGGACUGUUGGGGAGCAGUAGGACAUGGGAGUAGCUGGUGGGACAGGCACCACCACCCAGCACGGCGGGGCAAGCUACGACGUGUUCACCUUGUCGCAGUCCAGCCAAAGGCCUUGUGUCUUCGGCGAAGAGGAGCGUAUCCAGGCCCCCCGGCACCAAGGGGAGGCUCAGGAGGGCCUGCUGGUGCAGCCGUCUGCCUUUGUGGAUAUUUCUGAAGACUGGUCUCUUCGCUCGGAUGAUCUUAUUGAGUCCAUGUGAUCCCCGGCUUUGGGGUCUCCUGUAGAUGCUUUUUCUAACAUAAGUAUGUAAUAUUUUCUAAUCUCAGACACGUAAGUGUUUUUGGUAGCCCCUUUAUGAGUGCCUUUGAGAGAGGGCAGCUCGUGGUAUUUUCAUGAAUAAAGCUUUUCUAUAUUUUUAUAUCUUUUUUUAAAAAUAAAAUUUUGA